AUGGAUUCUAUGUACGAGAUACGUGAGGAGAGUACAUGGAAGGAUAUGAUAAAGGCGGUUGUCGGGAUGAAGAAGCAGUUGAAGAAGAAGGGCGUAGAGGCUCUGAAGCUAAGAUCCUCUGUGGUAAAGGAGCAUUGGCUCGGUAUCUCUCCAAUGAUAAUCCUCAGGAAGGAUCAGAAGGAGAAACCGGGUCUUGGAGUCGGUUGUAGACAAUAUGUAAGGCUGGUUAUGUGGGAGACCGUUGAAGUAAUAAAAUCAAACGGUGGAGAGGAGGAUCUACCAAGUUGUCUUGAGAAGCUAACAGGGAAGCAGUUUGAGUUUCAAAUCCGACCUUUCAACUUCACACCCAACCACCAUACCUUCACUGUCUCCACUCUCACUGAAGAUAACACUAUAGAGAACCAUGGCAAGAAUUGGGAGCAUCGUCUUCGGGCCAUCUGUUUUGGGCUCAAGAUUGGUGAGGAAUUUGCUGUAGAAGAUCCUCCAGAGAUUUCCGAUGGCCAGAACAAACGCAAGCGUGGUAGGGAGUGA